GAGAGAGAGAGAAAGAAAGAAAGAGAGAGAAGUAAGGGGGAGCUUGAAAGGGGAGACAGAGGAAGGAGAGGCGAGGGCCGGCAGCAGGAACAACGGGAGCCGAGGCGAGGGCAGCAGCAGUCAGCAUCCGAGCACCCCUGGCAGCCGGGCGGGGCGGAGCGCAGCCGCAAGAGGACUUUCCCAGGAGUAGACCUCCCUCGCCAGCAGCCCAUGCGGUGUCCGGCGGAGGGACAUCCAGGGGCUCGAGGGGCGCCAGUGCAGGGGGGUUUUUCCCCCCGGCGAGGGGAUAAGGAGACGGCAGGCAGUCAAGCCAGGAGCCUCCGCCAACUCCAGAAGGAAAGUUGCAAACUUUGGGAAAGUUUCUCUCCUUCUUCCCGGACGGGGCGGUUGAGCUGCGGAGAGCGUGAUCGGGACUCCGGCCGGGAGGGGGGUCCUUCUUAGAGGGUGUUUGGAUCAGUCUCUCUUCCCUCGCCCUCAAUACCCCCCACUUUCUGCUGGAGAUGCUCUGCCAGGGAGGAGGAGGAGGAGGCGGCUGGCUCCGUUUCUUCUUGACGGCGCUGCUCUGGCCCCAGCCUCUGCCCUGGGUGGCCGCGGCGUCGGGGGCCCCGUCGGAGCUGCGAGUCCGCGUCCGGCUCCCCGAUGGGCAAGUGACGGAGGAGAGCCUGCAGGCGGACAGUGGGGCGGACUGCGUCACCCUGGAGCUCCGCAAGGGCGACGGCACCCUCAUCACCCUCACGGCCGACUUCAAACAGGAGGUGAAGAUUUUCCGAGCCCUAAUCCUUGGAGAACUGGAGAGGGGCCAGAGUCAAUUCCAGGCACUCUGCUUUGUAACCAGGCUCCACCGCAAUGAGAUCAUUCCCAGUGAGUCCAUGGCCAAGCUAAGACAGAAAAAUCCACGGACCGUGCGGCAAGCUGAAGAGGUGCGUGCCCUUGAGCAUCUCAGCAUGGACGUGGCUGUCAACUUCAGCAAAGGGGCUCAGCUCAGCUCCCACAUCCACAACGUCUGUGCGGAGGCCAAAGAGGCCAUCUACACCCGGGAAGAGGAUGUGAAGUUCUGGCUGGAGAAAGGUGUGGACGGCUCCAUGUUCGAGGUCCUGCCCCAGUCAGCUGACCUUCCCAACUUGCAGCGGUGCCGCCUGUGUGCAGAUCGCUGGAGGCCCUGCAUCUGCAGCUAUGCACUGAGCAUCGAGUGGUACCCCUGCAUGCUCAAGUACUGCAAGAGCCGCGACGCUGCUGGGAAGGUCUCCUCCUACAAGUGUGGCAUCCGCAGCUGCCAGAAGGGCUACAGCUUCGACUACUACGUGCCGCAGAAGCAGCUGUGCCUUUGGGAUGAGGAGACCUAGCAGGGCGCCCAGGCAGCCAUUUUGUCCCAUCGGUGCUUCCCUUCCACCUCCCUUCAUGUGGUUCUGGGUCGCUCUGCCAAGAUGGCUGCCUAGGAAAGGAGGAAGGUGCGGGGCCUAGAGGGGAGGUGGGGCACCUGUCAGGACUCCAUUUUAUGAAGCCUUCGUGUGGGUCUGUCCAACUCCUUUUCUACCGAACUGCGAACUCCCUUGGACUUGGGGAUAUAGGCCACAUUUGACUAUGACCUUGCCUAAGAAGAUGGUGAGCUGUUGGCACAAGGACGUGCUCUAGGGUAGAGCUGGUUGUUGAAGCCUUGGGACCAGGCCCCUCAUGCACCAUUUAACCAUUGGCCCUCUUGAAUUCUUAAGGUCCUUGACAACCCAGACUGAAAUGUGACCCACUACACUCUUUUUGUAUCGUCAGGACAAUUGAGGGAAAAGGACAGAGGCUCUUCCUUGACAAUCUUCCAGAAGGAAUAUGAGAACAGAUGAAUAAGGAGGCUUCUCCAAGCACCACACUUUUAUGGGUGUUUAAUCUCCCCAGUGGUGGUCAUGCGGGGCUUGAACCUGUGGCCUCCAUAUCGAAGCUCUUGAACUUGAAGAGCGCCCUGACACUUGCUACCUGGGUCAACCAGCAGAAGGAAACAAGCAGCCACAACAAGAUGGCUGUUCUACAUUGAACACUCAACGCUCAUGAAACGAGGCAUCAGAACUGGUGUCUAAGUGUGGUGUUCCUGCCCCCUGCUCCUUUUGCAUAAUGAUGGCAGGAAGAUCACAGAAUAGCAGGAUUGACACCAACCUCAGAAACAAUUCAUCACAUCCCCUAAACAGCAGAUCCCUGCAGCAACCAAUGUUUGUUAUUGGUUUCAGCAGCAUGGCUGUACCAGGCUAUACCCAGCAGAUGCCUCAUGAUCAGCUGACUGGCAGAGGAGGAAGAGCAUCACUGAGACCUGCCUUUGAUCCCAGUUGGCUGGUACAUUGAAGAGACCUGUCUCUUGCUCCCAAUUGCUCCUCCCUAGGAGGAGGAAACACCAACCAAGUUCCAGUUAGAGGUACUCACACUCCAACCUUGCUAGCAUCUGUCUCCCAGUGGUUGAGGAUCAGUGGGCAGCUAGGAACCAAAGCAGGAAUGAGAAACCUAUGGUCGUCUAGCAGGGGCAAUAGUCUGGAAUGGCUAACAAAAUCUGCAGGACCACAAGCUCCCCAUCCUUGCAGUAUAGGAAAGUAACCCUGAAGAUGUCCCAGAUGCCUGCAACUCAAGGGUAGCCAGCAUGGUUUGGACUCUUAACUCCCUUCAGCUCCUGCAAGCAUCACCAAAGGUGAGGGAUCAUAGGUGCUGUAGUGCAGCAGCAGCAGCUGGACUACCAUAGGUGUCGUCCCCCUACAACCUGAGCUAACAGAUGCCAAUGAGCAUUUCACAGGCUUAAGCACUAUGGUUCUGUUUUGAGAUCCAAAACCCCUGUUCCUUCAUUUCUUGUUAACAGAAAGUAAUGUGCCUGUGCAUUUCUACAUGAUGCAAUAUCCCAAAAAUGUGAUAGGACGAAUUGAUGACAGUCCCCAAUU